AUGGGAUACCCAACAGGAUCUACCAUCUGGCCAAUCUCUCAAUGCUCAGAUGAUAUUAAAAAACUAGUCGACCGCCUGUUCACCCUGGCCGACACAAAGACCGUCGAUGCUGGAGACCUCCUCGCCCAGGAAGUCUUCAGUGCUGAAGGCCAGUUCCUGUCACCGCAAGGAACGUUUACUGGAUCUAACGAAAUACGUGAAUCUCGCAAAAACGCAUGGACUACAGUCAAGACUCGCUACCACGUUGUGUCCAAAGUUUACAUAAAUGACACACAAGGCACUGACCUUAUUAUCAUUGGAAGUUUGAGUACAGAGGCUCUGGACACAACGCGAGCAAGGGUUGACUUUGUUGCGCGCAUGGUUGUUGAGACGACUGAUCAGGGCGCGAGAGUCCGACAGUACCGCGUUAUUACUCCCCCGGCAACGGAUCCACGACCUCUACUUAACGAGCUGUGA